GGACAGCGGGGCACAGCCGGGGACAGCGGGGCCCUCGGGCGGCCGCCAUGCGUGGACGGUGCCGCAGGACGGCGGCGAUGGCGUCGGACGAGCGGCUGGCCCGGUUCCGCCAGGCGCACCUGAACCCGUUCAACAAGAGCCCCGAGCAGGCGGAGCGGCCCGAGGGGGAGCCCCCGGCCCCAGCCCAGCAGCCGGACCCCCCCCCGGGGGACCCCGAGGGCGCCCUGGACCUGGGGCUGGCCGAGGACCACUUCUCGCGGCCCGUGGGGCUGAUCCUGGCGUCGGACGUGCCGCAGCUGCGCCGCGCCAUCGAGGAGUGCAAGCGGGCGAUCCUGGCGCUGCCCGAGCACUCGGAGCGCCAGAAGGACGCCGUGGUGCGCCUCAUCCACCUCCGCCUCAAGCUGCAGGAGCUCAAGGACCCUGGUGAGGAUGAGCCCAACAUCCGCGUGGUCCUGGAGCACCGCUUCUACAAGGAGAAGAGCAAGAGCGUCAAGCAGAUGUGUGACAAGUGCAGCACCAUCAUCUGGGGACUCAUCCAGACCUGGUACACCUGCACAGGCUGCUACUACCGCUGCCACAGCAAGUGCCUGCCGCUGGUGAGCCGGCCGUGCGUGCGGGCCCAGGUCAGCCACCAGGCGGAGUACCAGCUCAGCAUCUGCCCCGAGAGCGGCCUGGACAGCCAGGACUACCGCUGUGCCGAGUGCCGGGCGCCCAUCUCCCUCCGGGGGGUGCCCAGCGAGGCCCGGCAGUGCGACUACACCGGGCUCUACUACUGCUCCAGCUGCCACUGGAACGACCUGGCCGUGGUGCCCGCCCAGGCCAUCCACAACUGGGACUUCGAGCCCCGCAAGGUGUCACGGUGCAGCAUGAGGUACCUGGCACUGAUGGUGUCACGGCCGGUGCUGAAGCUGAGGGAGAUCAACCCACUGCUCUUCAACUACGUGGAGGAGCUGGUGGAGAUCCGGAAGCUGCGCCAGGACAUCCUGCUGAUGAAGCCCUACUUCAUCACCUGCAAGGAGGCCAUGGAGGCGCGGCUGCUGCUGCAGCUGCAGGACCGGCAGCACUUUGUGGAGAACGACGAGAUGUACUCGCUGCAGGACCUGAUCGACAUCGAGGCCGGGCGCCUGGGCUGCUCCCUCACCGAGAUCCACACGCUCUUUGCCAAGCACAUCAAGCUGGACUGCGAGCGGUGCCAGGCCAAGGGCUUUGUCUGCGAGCUGUGCCGCGAGGGCGACGUGCUCUUCCCCUUCGACAGCCACACCUCGGUCUGCGCCGACUGCUCCGCCGUCUUCCACAGGGACUGCUACUACGACAACUCCACCACGUGUCCCCGCUGCGCCCGGCUGAGCCUGCGGAAGCAAUCCCUGUUCCAGGACUCCGGCACGGAGGGGGAGCCCUGAGGGGGUCUGCCCCCACUGUGGGGUCUCAGCCCCAAGGCUGCCCCCACCCCACCCAGCACAGGGCGCUGGGACGGACACGAUCAGCCCAGCAGCGGUUUGGGGACUGGGCUGGGGCUGGCUCUGGGAUCCCGUGCUCACGGA